AUGUUUGUCAGACGUCGUUAUUCCGGCAACAUCACCGUCGUGGACGGUCCUCAUCCGAUCGGGAUUAGUGAUUUGAUGCGACUGCACGAUGACUUAAUUAGCGGUUUCCAGGUCCUGCUGGACAAAGUCCAAUGGCGUCAGAAAAACCACAGGGAUCCAAUUAAAACUGCAUGUAUGAUGAUGACGGUUCAAAACAUUUUGGAAUUGGUAUUCGAUGAUUACGGCGGCUGGGCGUUCCUCCAGCUAGGCCAGGGCCACCGAUACUUCCUCCAACAAAUGCAGCAACAGCAUCUCUUAACUAUACCGCAACAUCAACAGGCUAUCGAGUAUCCCCAAAAAGUAGCGACGCCAAUGAUGGGCCAGGCCCAAAGUCAGGACAUCAUAGAGCGCCAAAAGGGAGCCAAGAUUGCCGAUAAACAGCAAGCAUCGUCGGAUCUAGACAAACACGAGAGGUUUCUGGACAGGUUCAACGCGGAAAAUGAGCAUAACGAGAAAAUGAAGAACAGGUAUGCCGACGAGUUAGCACUCAAGGCAAGGGUGGAGCUAGAAGCUGAGAAGAAUAAAGCCAUUGAAAUGGAGAAAGAGAGCGCUCGUAAGCUCGAAGAGGCACGACAAAGACUUGAGAAGACUAGAAUCGAAAACGAGAGGAAAGAAGAUAUGCUAAUGCGCACGGAUGAAGCAGUGAGCAGGGCAGACGAACUACAGCAUCAAGCGCGUGAGAUGAUGCAGAAAGCAGAACAGGAGAAACGUGAUUCGGAAAGAAGAAUUGAAGAAAGGCGUCGGGAAGCAGCUGCGAAGAGGGCACAGGGCAGGCAGCCAUCGUACAAUGACUCCAAAAGUCGGACCAAUGAGUGGGAAAUAAGAAGUUUUAGCUAUGAGGACAUCCAGAUGCGCCGGGGUUCCACCGAUAGGACAUUCGAGAGAGGGUAUGGGGAGCGUGGGUUACUCGAGGGGAAAGAUAAACAGGAGGGUCACUGGCAUUUUGAUGAAGAUGACAUGCCAGAUGACAAUCACAGACAGCAAAAGCUACUAGAGAACACAGAAACCCAGGGGUCUGUUGCCACUCUACCAAAGCACAUCAUCUCUGACAGCGAUGACGAUGAUUCCGAUAGCGACGAAGAAAAGAGGCAAGAUCCAUACAAGCUUAUUGGUCUACCCGACAGAGAGCGAACACCGGUAAAAGAUAUUGAAACCACUCAAAGGGUACUGAACAGAAUCCAUCAGACUUCUGUUGACAAUGCUACCGAGGAAGCUACGAGGAAGCACGCAGAGAAACGUUUGGUCGAGAUAAAGUGGGCAGCGAACAUACUCUUGGACGACAUGAAUAAGAGAGCUUACGACGAGGACGGUUCCAUAUAUCCCCACGAACAAAAAAGCUGGAAGAAGAAGAAUGGUUUCGGCGGUGGUAGUGGUGUAGAGCCACUACAACAAGCAGAGCACGAAAACAUAAUCCUUGCUGCAUGGAAUCAAUACCAGACAGUCAAUCAAAUGCGUGCCUCGCCAUACUACUUCUGUGUCGAUUUACCGAUAUCCUCAAACAGCACGACCGCAUCUACUCUCUCUUCAGGAUCUACCUCGGUUCACAGAUACAUCACAGCUGCCUCUGGAAACCUUGACAAGCGAGCUGAGCACGUACCAACAGAUCAAAGUCUAGCUCUGCACUCCGUCCAUCCAGUACCAAUACGGUAUCUCCGGAAACUCACACCGAAGCAACUAGAGUUCGUGCACAGCUAUCUCACCGAAAAACGAUUUCGGCCCGGCAGUGAGCUCUCACGACGAGCUUAUGAAACGGUACGCAACAUCGAGCGGAUCAUGCAUCCAGGAGAGGAGUGA